CGAUGACAAUUACCUGGCGGCCAUUCCCUUGGCCAUAACGCGACUUCUGCACCUCGAAGACCUGUCGAUGAGCAACAACAGGAUACACAGCCUCGACGGGAGCGUUCUUCGGCAUGCUCCUCACCUGGUGUUCCUCGAUCUCAGGGGGAACCCCAUCAAGGAGAUACACAAAGACACGUUUCGAACCCACCAAAAACUACGUAAGUUGAUACUGUCCAAUUUGAGGGAGCUGAAGGAGUUCCCUGACCUGAACUCGACGAGGUCCUUGGAGGUGCUCAGGUUGGACAGGGCCCACCUGAAGAACGUGCCCUCGGACCUCUGCCAGAAGUGCCCGAAACUGAAAAGUUUGGACAUGAAGUCCAACCAGCUGAGUCGCAUCCCUGAUCUGCGAGAGUGCAGGGACCUCCGGGUUUUGGACUUGGCGAGUAACGCGAUAUCCUCCCUGUCGGGCCAACCCUUCAAGAACCUAGGGGCCCUCCACGAUCUCCUCCUCUCGCAUAACAACCUCAGGAACAUCCCAAAGGAUGCUUUCGUGGGCCUCACGCGCCUACAAGUGCUAGAUCUAACGAGCAACAACAUUACGGACAUUCCAGUACAUGCCUUCCACCCGUUUUCCAACCUCGAGAUUUU